CAAGCUGGUUGGUGAUUGAAAUAAUAAUAGUAAUAAAAAAAGGGAAAGCCUACUCGGUUGCUUAACGCGGAAAAAUAAAAUAAAAAUAGUAAAUAGAUGGACAAGAGAAAAUGGGAAUUUGCAGAACAUCGUACCCAAUAAAUAACCAAUUAUAUGACCAAAAUUUUGAUCAAAAAUCAAAUUCAGAAAUUGAAGAAAUUGAAAUUUUAGAUAUGUCUUGCCCUGCAUCUUUACCUUUGAAGGAAACAUUUUUCAUAUCACAUGGAUCACCAACACUUUCAAUUGAUGAAUCUUUACCAGCAAGGCAUUUCUUGAAAGGCUUCAGAGAAAAAUGUAUGAGUCAUCAUGAGAAACCAAAUUCAAUUUUGGUUAUUUCAGCUCAUUGGGAAACUUCUGAACCAACUGUUAAUUCUGUACGUGGUAGACAUGAUACUAUUCAUGACUUUUAUGGUUUUCCUAAACCCAUGUAUCAGCUCAAGUACCCUGCUCCAGGAUCUCCAGAAUUAGCAAAAAGAGUGAAGGAUGUUCUCAUGGCAUCUGGGUUCCCAACAGUUUACGAGGACAAAAAACGUGGUCUGGACCAUGGUGCAUGGGUCCCUCUCAUGCUCAUGUAUCCAGAAGCGGACAUUCCAGUCUGCCAGCUUUCGGUCCAGCCCCAUAGGGAUGGUACUUAUCAUUACAACUUGGGAAAAGCAUUGGCCUCUCUCAAGGAUGAAGGUGUCCUCAUAAUUGGUUCUGGAUCUGCUACUCACAACUUAAGGGCUCUCAGUUCAUCCAAGAAUAUUGCUUCGUGGGCUUUAGAGUUUGAUGGUUGGCUUAAGGACGCCCUUCUCAGCGGAAGGUAUCAAGAUGUCAAUAACUAUGACAUGAAGGCACCACAUGCAAAAGUUGCACACCCAGCGCCCGAGCACAUCUAUCCGUUACAUGUAGCGCUAGGUGCUGCCGGUGAAGGUGUAAAGGGAGAUCUUAUUCACCACAGCUGGGAUCUUGGUUCACUUUCUUAUGCUUCCUACAAGUUUUCGAGCCUAAAUCGGUCUUCAUAGAUGAAUCCUUGAGUGUAUUUAUGGUUUCUGCUGGUGUUAUAUGUGUAAACUUCUCAAAGUGGAUUUGAUUCAUAUAUAGAAAAUAAAAUGUAAAGACUGAAUUUGUUGUUAUGCAGAAGAAGGAGCUGAAAUAUGAUUGUUAAGUUCUCUGGUUGACAA